UUCUCUCCAGUAGUUUGUGUCUCUGCCCCUCCCACAAUGGGGAGAUUUCUCUCCAGUAGUUUGUGUCUCUGCCCCUCCCACAAUGGGGAGAUUUCUCUCCAGUAGUUUGUGUCUCUGCCCCUCCCACAAUGGGGAGAUUUCUCUCCAGUAGUUUGUGUCUCUGCCCCUCCCACAAUGGGGAGAUUUCUAUCCAGUAGUUUGUGUCUCUGCCCCUCCCACAAUGAGGAGAUUUCCCCCAGUAGUUUGUGUCUCUGCCCCUCCCACAAUGGAGAGAUUUCCCCAGUAGUUUGUGUCUCUGCCCUUCCCACAAUGGGGAGAUUUCCCAGCAGUAGUUUGUGU